AUGAACUUUUGGGUUGCAAAUUCUAGGAGGUCCAAUAAGCCUGCUCUUGUAAUGCUUCAUGGGUAUGGUGGCAAUUCAAAGUGGCAAUUCAUCCAUCAAGUGGGUUCACUUUCUCAAAGUUUCAAUCUGUACAUACCUGAUCUAUUGUUCUUUGGCAAAUCCUACACCAACAGGCCAGAAAGGACAGAGGUUUUCCAAGCAAAAUGUGUGGCAGAAGGGUUGAAGAGAUUAGGGGUGGAGAGAUUUGCUGUUUACUCUAUAAGUUAUGGAGGGUAUGUGGCAUAUUGGAUGGCUGAGAUGUAUCCAGAGUUGGUGGAGAAAGUUGUGGUUGUGAGUUGUGGGGUUGGGAUGACAGAGGAGCAGAAAAGAGAGCAGAUCAAUAAGGUUGGAAGCAAUGCAUUGAAUCUCCUUGUACCUGAAAGUGCUCAUGAUCUGAGGCUCUUGGUGAAUUUGACGAUGCAUAAACCUGGCCCUUCUAAGUGGGUCCCUGAUAUUUUCCUUCAUGGGUUCAUCAAUGUGACCUAUAAACAACACAGGAAGGAGAAAUUAGAGCUGGCAGAGCACUUGCUGAGGAAAAAAGCAGAUAUAGACCUUCCCAUUCUAACUCAGGAAACACUGAUAAUCUGGGGAGACAAGGAUGAUGUCUUCCCUGUGUACUUGGCCUAUCAGCUGCAAAGGCAGUUGGGGCCAAAAUCAAAGGUGGAGAUAAUCAAGGACACAGGUCAUGCAAGACUGCUGUUGGCCACAGAUGGAGCAAAAAUCUACAGCUGUGAGAUGGUCUAG